AUGUUUUUGGAGCUGAGGAUUGGUCUCAUCCAAAAAAGAAAGAAAUAUACUGAGAAACUUGAUAGUCUUCUUGAUCAGAUCAAGAGAGUUGGAUAUGUUGCUUUCACAGAUUCUAUCCCACUGGACCUAGACAAUAAUACGAAGGAGAAGGUUCUUCAUCGUCACUGUGAGAGGAUAGCUAUCACAUUUGCACUAAUAAGCAUGCCAGUUGGGAAGACAAUCACCGUGAAGAAAAAUUUGAGGGUUGUUGGGAUAGAGAUAAUUGUCAGCGACAAAAGUAGAUUUCACCAUUUCGAGGAUGGGUCGUGUUUUGGUGGGGAUUAUUGGUAA